UUCUAUGGCACCAGUGCACUUAAUAUGUUACAUUUUUGCAGGAGAAUGCACCAUCGAAAUGGAUGACCUCAAUCUCGAAAUUACAGAGGAAGACACCUAUGCGUGCAGAUUGCGCCUUCUUAUUGUAAAAGGAGGUGGCCUUGUCUUAAGACACAAAUUAAAGAAAGAAUUGAUUUCAAGAAAAACGAACAUAGAGGAUAAGGACUUUAAAAAACAAAUAAGUGACUUAAAGGACUCAAGGCAUAUCAUAAAUGAGAGCCAGUAUAAAAUAAUUUAUCCAGACUCCGGCUCAUCAUCACCAGAUGACUAUGACAUCACUCUCUUGGUAUUUCUACAUAGGACUUUAUUUCACAGUAAGGACCCCAAAUGGAACUCUGAUUAUACACUGCUGGACACAGAUACUUCAGACGUAGCUGAAAUAGUGCGUAUCAGAAAUUUAAGAAAUGAGGUAACUCAUCAACCUAAAGAUGGUAGACUCAAUGAAAGUCAAUUUAACGAUUUAUGGCAAAAAUGUACACAGGUACUGGUUCGAUUUGGAGCAGACAUUCCUGAUCUUCCAACUUCUUUGGAGAAACUCAAAUCAGAACCAAUAGACAAAAAACUUGUCAAGGAUCUUCUUGAAAUAUUGAACCAAUGGAAGCUCCUGGACUCUGAUAUGGAAAACCUUGUGAUUAAAACAAUUAAGCAGCAAAGUGCAAGAGUCAAUGCCCGUGAGCGGUCGGAAAAGGAGGUCUCUGACGUAUUGGAAGCUGAUUACUUUGUUAAAACAUCAAUGUACGAACAGGCCCAAAAGAUGCUAAAUAAGGAUGGAUUUGUUGUAAUAAAAGGAGCUCAGGGUGAGGGAAAGACAACAAUGGGUAAGAAGCUAGUUAAAAAUCCAGCCAAAUGUUUAAAGAUUAAUUCGGUCGCAGAUUGGGAUAUGUAUUCAAGUAAAGAUGAUGUUGAAACUGUACUUAUUGAUGAUAUGUUUGGUUGUACUAUGUUUGACAAAAGUGAAAGUAGAAAAUGGCUGAAAAUAUUUCCCCAAUUGAUGUCUGAAGUAUCAGAAAAAAAACUGAAAUUAAUAAUCACAUCUCGGAAGUAUAUUUUGGAUGAUGCCCAAAAGAAAUUGUUUAUUGAACACCGUAUUAAACAAUGCAAUGUGAUUGAAAUCUCGUCGAAAAAACUUGAUAAUGAUGAGAAAGAAAAGAUAAUUGAAAGUCAUUUGAAAUUGAACAAAAGGGAAAUUAAUCAGACUCUUAUUGAAAAAUGCGUCAGGAAGUCAAAUGAACCGUCAUCAUUUAUUAUUGGAUUUCCUGAAUGUGCUAGGCUAUUUUGUGUCAAAGAUAGCCUUUUUCAGAAAGGAGAUGCAUUUUUUGAAGCUCCGAUGACUCAUAUAAAGACAUGCCUUGACACAAUUUUUAAAAGCAAUCACGUAUUUCUGGCAUUUUUUGUUCUCUGGUCUCAGCCAUUACAAACACUUCACUUGUCUGAUCUAGAACAAAGUCCACUAAAAACACCUAUCACUAUUAAACGUCCAAUUGAACACUUAGGAUACAGUCUCUUUGAUUCAUUAAGACAUAUUCCUAAUGCAUUUGCCAGUCACAAAGAUUUUGUUUGUUUCAACGACGAAACUGAAAUAUUUUGGUUUGAACACAAUGUGUUAGGUGAUGCAGUAGGACUUGUUGCUUUUGCUAGAAACAUGACAGCAGCUUUAGAGUUUUGUAAUGCCUCUUUCAUCGUAAGAUAUAUCUGUGUUGCCGAACAAUCAGAUACAAAUGAAGACAACGAUAAUGAUGAGAGCAUUAUCAUACCACAAAAUCGGUAUGACCAUUUGUGUUCUGUAAUUGGCAAAAUAUUACUCCCGGAUAGGACGAUAAGAGAUACCGACAUACAGAACCUACGCGAUCAUGUGUGUUCUGUAUUUGGUCAGACAUCACCUUCGAAAAGGAAUGAAAGCGAUGCCGUGAAACAAAUUUGUUCCGUUAUUGACCAAAUGUCAAGGAAGGGAAGCGAUGAUGGUCAAAAUAUGAACUGUACAAUUCUUUUGCAUUCCGCUUUUAAGCAAGUAUCGUUUUGCAAAACCUUUUUUGAAACAUUGAAAAAUGAAAUGAGGUUUUCAGACUUUUUGACAAAGCCUGUUUUUACUUGUGGUGCAAGUGUAUUAGGUAUUAAAGAAAUACUUGAUAAGCAUGAUUUUGAGAGCGAAAUUCGAGUCCUGUCAUAUGCAGUGAACAAUUCACUCGAUUCACUUGCAUCCUUAUGUUUUUCUGAGAUGAGUGAGAGCAAUAAUGAUGACAUGGAAAACAUAUUGAAAACAAGCUUGAAAAUGUCACUACUUGUUGCAGUAGAAAGUUGCGAUUUGCAGAAGGUAAGUUAUCUUUUGUCUGAGAUGAAUGCUGCAAGUGAUGAGUUCAGCCUCAUUCUUUGCGCAAUUAAAAAGGCUAAUUGCGAAAUAAUGAAACUUCUCUUAGAGAAGAAUAAAAUGUCAAAAUAUAGAAAAAAUGGAAAGAGUCCGUUGAUGUUUUUUGUGGAAGCAGACAACGUAUCGGCAAUAGAAUUUUUAGAGUCGAAUAAGUUUAUUGAUGACGAUGAGUUGAACUAUGUUUGUAUAAAUAAUGGAGAAACUGCACUUCACCUUGCAUGCAAAAAGGGUAAUGACUCAAUUGUCAAAUUGCUUCUAAAAAUGUCUCCAAAACUUUAUUUACAAGAUAAAAAUGGAUAUCUUCCUAUUUAUUCAGCUGUCUUUAAAAACAAAAAAAGUGUUUUAAGACAGUUAUUGGAGCAUGAUAAAAAACAGAUGGACAGCCUUUGGCAACACAUGCCAUUGUUUCACGUGGCCAUAAAGUAUCGAAAAGAAGAUCUCAUACAAUUGCUGAUAGAUCUCAAAAUGCCAAUCACUUAUAAGGAUAAAGAUAUGCAAUCACCUGUAGCAUUUGCUUUGAAAUAUAAACACAUGUAUAUGAUUGAACCCCUUGUCACCAUGAUGAUUGAUCAAAAUGCACACAGUAUGCAGGACAGUACAUACGAGACCGUGUUAGAUAUUGCAGUAGACAAGUAUGCACAUGGGCAAAUGGACAGCGAAAAAUAUUGGAACAUUAUAGAACUGCAUCGUAAAAGAGAAGUCAAAUUCACCUCUCAGGAUGGAGAAACAGACAUGACUGUAGAAUAUAUAACCAAGAAAUAUAGCAAGAAAAAAGAAAAAUUAGAGAAAAAUAUUAAAAGAUUAGAAAAUGACAAGAUUGACUGCAAGUCAAAAAUUGAUAAAGCUUGCGAUUUGAGAAAGCAGAUAGAGAGUUUGAAUGAAAACAUUCAAAGCACGAACACAGAAUUUAAUAAAGAUGGUUACGCAAUUCCAACCGAUGCAAACAAAUCGACCUUUUCAAAAAUACAAAAAAUAAUAACUAGCUUAGAGGAGCAAGUUAAACAGUUAAAUGAUGAAAUCGAGCUUUUACAAACGAGAAGUGACAAUUUAAGUAAGUUAAUUGAACGAGUACAAUCAGUAAGGCAGUGAUGUAAUGACAAAAAGCAAAUGAGUCUUAAAAUAACUGAAAUAUAGGAGAGAUUGAUAGAUUUCUAAACAUGCAUGCUCGCAAGUAAGUCAGACCAAGAGAAAUACCCACACUUUUCAUAUAACUCUCUUUGUGUCUCCCUCCGAAGCUAUCCCUGAAUUAAUUAUCACCUGAUCUCUGCAUCUACAUAAGUUAAGUAAUUAUUGAAGAAAUUUAUUUUAUUUUCAUAUCCUUCUGAAGAACACGUUAUAAGUGAGAUUUGUUAAAGCUUUUCCUUUGUCGAGGUGCAAUAACAAAACGAUAGGCACCAAAAAUGUGCUUGUAACAAAAACAAAUUUAGAAUCUUUUUUAUUACUCAGUUCACCAUUUUUACUAGAUCCUAAGAAGUACAUUAGCACAAACAGAACGGUAAUUACAAAGAAGAGAGAAUUAAUUCUUUCAUUUUGUUUGUAAAACACACACCGCUGAGCUUGCAGUGCAGUUUUACAGCAUAAAAUUAGUACUGUUCGUCUUCCUUUAUAAACUUAAGCUACGGCAAUGUAUAUAAGCAAUAUCCUUUGUUCAUUUGGUGCUUACACAAGUAUAAAAUCCGGAGAAACUUUGACCUGAUGAACGGGCGUAUAAUCCAGCACCAUAGGAGCUUGAUGGGUACCUUCUGUGAGUUAAGUUUAUAUUCAAAAGACUUUGCAACAACGAAUCCCUAGACAAGAAAAAAGGAAGCUAAUUGUUUCUAAAUAAGGGAGACUAUAGUUUCCUUUUUUACCGCUUUUCUGUUUCCAGACGUUCGCAGAUAAUAAUUAACCUUUGACAAUGACCUUUUAUGAUUUAAAGUUAUUCCUAUACCGUGCCGUCAACUCAGUCAAUAGAUGAUAGUCCAAAAAGUAUUGUCGAAUACAAGAAUAAUUCCUAUAAAUAAAAUCAAACAACAUCAACGUCAACAACAUCUCCAUUCUCCGGCGUCAAUUGGGAUUAAAUCUUGAUACUUCGAAGUGUUAUUUCUAUGGGGACACGAACCAAAUUUAGACACCUUCAUUUUAAAUACAACAUUUAAACAGACACUAACGGUAUGCAAAGGUGUUUGCUUCUGACCUUAAAAUAAUUCAUAGAUACCUUGUUUAAGAACUGUAGUUCAAAAAACUUUUGAUAUUUUUUAUCCGAUGCUGGUUUUAGUAAUACAUCAUUUUUGCUUUUACUGAAGUGCAAUUACAACAAAAUCAUUUUUUACAACUGAACAACUUUUUGUGCAACCGCGUAACACCAAAAUAGAUUGUCUGUAUACAUUUGACUCUUAUUACCAAAUUGACAUAAUUACACAUUUUCAAGAAAAUGUGCUGUCAUUUUUGAAUGACGGUCUGUAAAUUUAACUUUUUGGAAAUUGGGACAGGUAGUUACACCUUUCGAUUUUACGCAAAGAGUGGACAUUGUGUAUUUUGCUUUAAAAUCUGACACAUUUCACUUCUGAAAUCUGAAAAUGGUUAAACAUAUUACAACCAAACAAGUAUGCUCAUACGUGGACGAAAUUCACAUGUACUCCUCUGAAUGAAACAAUUUGUAAUAACUUUAAUGUUAUAGAAGAAGAAUUUCAUUUUGUUUUUGAAUGUGCCAUGUAUCAACUCAUACGAAAGAAGUAUGUAUUAUGAUUACUUUUUAAAGGCAACCAAAUGUGUUGAAAUGUGUGUGUGCGUGUGUGCGUGUGUGCGUGUGUGUGUGUGUGUGUGUGUGUGCGUUCAUGUAUCAUUAUUAUUUGAAUCCUAGAAAUGUUAAUUAUAUAACUUAUCAAACUUGUUGGAUCAUCAUAUUUGCUACACGAUUUUAAUUUCUUUUCAUAUACAUUAUUUUAAAUUUACAUUUUCGUAUGAUGUUCUUUAAUUGUUUUAUAUUCUUUAUAGAAAGACAUUUAUCUUGACACUCUUGAAAUAUAUAUUAUGUAAAUACUGCUGAUUUCUUUAUAUUUUUAUGCAUUUUAUGUUAAAUUAUAUGUCUCUUAUUUGUAAGCAAAUUGAUUGAGGCUGUUGCUGCUUUGUACUUAUUAUUGAUUAUAAAGUUAGAACAGUUUGUUUUUCUUAAAGUCGAGUUUGUGUAUUGUGUUUAUGUAUCUAGAUGAUUUUUUUGUUAAGCAUGAAGUAAUUGGCUUUUUGUAAAAUGGAGUUCGUUUCAAAAAUAAUUUAUAACCCUUAACAAACAUGUAAACCUAGAAGAAGAUAUCUUUUCUAAAUGUCCUGGGAAUGGUAAGAUUGACAGCGCGUGAAACUCGUGUCCGUGACCGUUUGAUGUCAAUAAUUCUAUCACUGACCAUUUCCUUUUUACGACCAGAGUGUCAAUCUCGCAGACUGUUUUAUUAUUGUAUUGUAAAUAAGUUGUAUUUAUAAAUCUGUUAUUGUUUGCAUAAUAAGGAAAGUGAAUUAGAUGCUAAAAGACUUUGAACUAAAAUGAUAUUCUUGGAAGAAUCAAGAUUGCUUAAUGUUAUCUAUUCAUGUAUACCCCAACUAUUAUUGACAUUGUUGCAAGUUGUGACUAUGAAUUUACAUGUUGAUGUUUUCUGUAUUGUUUUUAAAAACAUACAUAGUGCAAAACAUAACAUAUAAAAUCAAACCAAAACACAAAAUUUUAUAAUGUGAUCUUGUCGUGGGAGGUUAGCGCGUGAGUAGAGACGUUUUGGGCACAUGUGAAUCUCUCAAUCUGGUAAAUCUUUGUGUUUUUGUAAUUUUUUUAUGUUAAACGAUUGAGAACGCAGACUAUUGUUAUCUAUUGAAACGUUUUAUCAUAUUUGUACCUUUGUGAUAUUUGAUCAGAUAUUGAUAUUUCAAAUACAUAUGUAUAUAUAAUAAAAAAUCAACAGUGUUUGGUAAAUUAUGAUUCUUUACAUAUAUAUGUUAAAUCUAGUUGUAAGUAUGGCAUUUAUCCUACUUAGUUGUUUAUAUGCUCGCACGAGUAAAUCACGUGUACCUCAUAUAAACCUCAAGAUAAUACACAAUUCAAAUGCCUGCUUUGUCGUGGUAUUAUUGAACAAUUAACUGCUUUUAUCUGCACACAGUUUGUAUCACUGUGUAUGAUUUAAACAUAUUUUAUUGUUUUACCUUAUUUGACACUAGUGAAAUGUUUUGCUCCUUUUUUAUAACUUAUAACUUUAUAAUCUUUAUCAGAAAUUAUGUUUAUUGUAUGGUUGUAAGUGGGUUACUGAUUUUUAUCUGAAUUUUGAAGUGGAUAAUGUCGCAGUGAAAUUUAUCAAAAUAUAAUUUCACAUUUGUCAAUGAAAAUACCACAUUCGAAAGAGUUUCUCCAUGUAGUUCCUCACGUUUUUUUAGCUUACAAUUCCGACAGUAUCCUGACCGUUUAGAGCAAAACACAAAGCUGAAAUUGAUCAAUAACUUAGAUUUCGAAUAUCACUUACGUCAAUUUAUUCAAUGUACCACUCAACAAAUAUCGUCUGUAAUUUUUGUUUCAUUUUAACAGUCUAAAAAUUACACUAACUUCCUCAUGCACUGCUUUUAAUGACAUUUGUGCAUAUUCAAGCAUCCUACGAGCAAUAACUGUAGUACAUUAUGUGAAAGCAAUGACAGUCUCCAGACCGAAAGAUUAGUACAACCCUGUGAUUGUAAGACAGCCUUUCAAAACAUUCCGUAUUUUCAAAAUUCCUACUUUUCCUUCUUAUAAAUAAAUUUAGAAUUACCAAAUCAAAAUGAAAUUCCUCCUAAUCAAGCGCAUUUUUUCCUUGCGUGUAAUACUUUUUUUUUAAAUGGCGGUCAAAAAGUCUAAGAUAAACUUCCGAUAUUUCGCGGAAAUAAGCUCGGCAUGGUGUAACCUUUUUCUUCUUGAAUUGUUUGUUUUUAUAAUUGAAACAAGCGUUCAUUUAUUGUUUUGUUUAAAAUAAAUAAUAUUAUAUAAUCGCCAUUUAACGUUGAUUUUGAACUUAUUUUUAACUCAAGCCUUCAUGUAUUUUUGAGAAAUUCGUCAGAAAAUUGAGGCUACCAUUGAAGAAAAAAGACUUUGAUACUGUAGUAUUCAAGUUAAUAUUGAGGAAAUUUAAUUAAACUAUUUGUAAUAAAAACAAAAUUUGUUUGUUUGUAAGUAAAAUGUUAUUUUUUCAUCUUGUCAAAUUCAAAAAAGUUUUUCAGGUAAUAAUAAUUUAAUCUUACAAAAAAAAAAAAACAAUCAAAUAUCAUUGGUAGUAAUGCUUCUUUUUCAAAGUUUUAUAAAUUUUUUAUUCAUAUCAUUCUGGUUUGAUCCGAAUUCGAAAGAAACAGAUGCUUAAAUAGUGUCAAUUAUGAAAUGCAUCUUAUUAAACUAUAAAUUAAAGAUAAAUCAAAAUUUAAUGACAACCGAAAAUUUGCUUUAAUUUAUUCAUUUCUUAUCUGAUUUAGUUUAAAUAUUUUUUAUUAGUUAGCUUAUUUUUGUUGUAUGAAUAUUUUUUCCCUUUUUUACAUAAAUGUGUUGUUUUUUGUAUAUUUUUUAAAGUCUUGUUUUGUGUUGGUAUUCAUAGAUUUAUAAUAUAUAUAUCAUACCUAAUUGUCCAAAUUUGUAUGAAUAUGUAUUCCCUUUGUAUGUUUUGUAUUAAAUUUAGAUUCUUUGCUGUGUUUUAUAAAGUUUAAGAAUGUUUAAGGUAUUACCAUCCUAAUGCAUAAUUCGCUUUGAAAAGUACUCAAAUAGGCUAGAACUACUGUUAACUACAUUGAAAAUGAGGGCCGUGGGUUCAAUCCCCCCCCCCCCCAGAAGGGUCAACUUUUUUUCUUUCUUUUUAUCUUUUAACAUUAUUUUUGUAUCUCUCAUGUCCCAUUAGAAAGAAAAAAGUGUUUAAUUUUUAUUUUUUUUUAUUUAUAUAGGUAUUUAUUGACUAAAUUAUGGUUAAUCUUGUAAUAAAUUUGGUACCUGAUAUUUUCAAAGUGUAAUAAAAUCAAAACUAGACGGUAAAAGUCUUUCAUAUUUAACAAGAUCAACCAAUAUAAUUCUUUAAAAAUUAAGGGAAACUUUGAAACUCAUUUGGGUAAAUUCUAAGGAUUUUUUAAAUUAGGCUCCCUUAGUAGGAAAAUGGUCAGACACGUGGUAAAAAUGGGUGGGGUAGGGUAGCAUUUUCAUACAUAUUUGACGAUAUUUCAUAAAUUUUAAGCAGAAACAAUAAUUUUGCUUAUGUGGAUUGUUAGCUAAAUGAUACUUUUUUCUACCAAAAAAUUAAUGGGAAAACAUUUUUCAUUAGAAUGUUAUUGCAGAUUAUUUAAAGGUCCCUCAUUUCUAAAAAAGGUCCCUCAUAACAUCCUAGCUUGAGUUCAGAAAAGUGGCCAUAACUUGGUUUCAGUACGGUAAACUUUGUUUAAAUUUUGCAUACAGGUGUACUUUAAGGUAUAUAUCUGACAUAUAAUGCCAUUUGUAUGGUUCCUUAUAGUGCCCAUUAGGGCGGUAAUACCUUAAUUGUAGAUUCUUUGCAGUGUUUUAUAAAGUGUAAACUUGACAAUAUUGCAUAUAAUUGCAAUGCAUGUUUAAUUUGCUGCCAAGGUUUUAUAUGUAAUCAGUACAUGCUUUCCUUUAUAAUUUGCAAUUAUGUUAUAACCUUUUGAAAACAUGCUCCUGAUUAAACCGUACAUUGUUUAAAGUAUGUGGGUGAUUCUGUCAUUUUUGUUGCUAAGAAGAAUAGGUAAUUUAUUGGAACAAUACAGCUAGUUAAACCUCAAUUUGUCAGUCAAUGAUAAAUUCACAAAAUAUUUUCUCUUCAUUUAAUUAGAACUGAGACAAUGUUAUUUGGAUCAAAACCAAGGUUAACACCAGCAGGUACAUCUGUCGAUGUCGGUUGUAAUGCAACUAAUGAAGAGUGUUUCCGGUGGUGCGCUACGGUCACUUCCUGUUUCUUCUCUUCACGAAAGUUAUUUUCUCUCCAAAAAUCACCGUUUUGGAAUUAAUCUCAAUAUUGCAAUUGGUUUAUGAAUAUCUAAUGAACAUAUUUACCAGGUUUGAUGGUCCAUUAUACAUGUAAAGUGCUUUUUCAGACUUUUCAUUGUUGUCCAUUUAUACUCAAAAUGUCGGCCAUUUUGAAUUUCUCCCAGAAUGCCUAGCGUAUUUGUAAACAUCCUGUAUGACUCUGCAGGCCUACAUCCAGUAAGUUAGUCAUGUGUAAACACUUUAUUUACCCUUUCUCAAUUGCAUCUGUCCUUCUGUUUUAUAAAAUUAUCAGAUUACCAUGCCAUUCAGUGGAUCUACCCACCAAUAUGCCCUUGCUUGUGCAGGAUAGGCCUGCCAUCAGUCUAUCUAUGCAGUUCUCCACUUGCAUGAAGAUACACAUGUGGAAAGCGAAAGGCCCAGUUUUCGUAACAGGCUUGUUCUUCUUUAUCUUUGCUCCCUAUUGUUGUCAGACAUUGAACCUAACCCUGGUCCUAGGAAGCUCAAAUUUCCAUGUGUCAUUUGUAGUAAAGCUUGUAAAUGGGUGGGCAAACCUAGUGUUCGCUGCGACACAUGCGACUGCUGGUAUCACCAAGAAUGCAAGGGUAUGCCCGAUGCGGUCUACAAAGCCCUUACCAACUACACAUGGGAAUGCGUCCAGUGUGGGCUGCCAAACUUCUCAACUGGCUUAUUCAACACAACACUCUUUGACACUACAAAUAGUUUCGCCAACAUUAGCGAUACCUCAAACAUUGACAGUGAGAUCAGCUUUAGCUGCCCCAAUGCUACUUCAUCGCCGCAUCGCAGACUCCAUAGCUCCACUUCAGGUAACCAACCAGAGAAACGGUAUGACCUGCCACUCAGAGUGCUGAACAUUAACUGCCAGUCUAUUAAAGGCCCAGGAAAGAAGGCUCAGCUCGAGAAUAUGAUUGCCUCAACAGAAGCCGACAUCAUUAUUGGCACUGAAUCCUGGCUGGACAGCAGCAUUAAUUCCUCUGAAGUCUUCCCACCACACUUGAAGUCAUACAGACGUGACCGCCAAGAUGGAACACAGGGAGGCGGGGUUUUCUUGCUUGUUUCUGACAUUUAUAGAAGUGAUGAGCCAGCAGAGCUGAACCCACCAGGUGAUUGUGAGGUGGUAUGGUGCAAAAUCAAGGUAAAAGGAGUCCAAUACCUGUAUGUUGGUGCUUUCUACAAGCCUCCAUCCAAGACAACCCUUGAAUACCUUGACAUGCUUGACACCUGCCUUUCGCGGAUACCCAGGAGUGCGCACCUAUGGUUGGGCGGUGACUUUAACCUUGGAGAUAUAGACUGGGUCAAUGAGUGUCCACAGCUACAUGCCACACCCAUGAAGCAAUGCCAGCAACUCUUAGACAUCAUGAAAGAUGUUUUCCUUGUUCAGAUAGUUGAUAAACCUACUCGAACAACCGAAUAUACGGAAUCCUGUCUUGACCUCUUCUUCACCAACAACCAGUCUCUCAUCAACCGUUGCGAAGUCCUUCCUGGCAUAGCCGACCAUGACGCAGUGUUCAUAGAUUAGAUAAUAAAAUAGAUAAAUACAGAUUCCCUAAAGAAAGCCCAACAUAGAGUCAAGCCUCCGCCCCAUUAGAGUUCGUAAACCUCCAAGGAAUGUCCUUCAAUACAGAAAAGCUGACUUUGAAAGCUUCAAGGCUGAACUGACGUCAUAUUUACCACAGUUCACUGAAGAGACGGCCAACAGCUCUGCUGACCAUUCUUGGAAGAUCUUUGAGAGUAAGUUGAAGUCGUUAGUCACCAGGUACAUUCCCUCCAAAACCAUCUCGGGUAACAAGAUACACAAACCAUGGAUCACCAAGACAGUAAAGACUCUCCAUCGAAAAAGAAACAAACUACUAUCCAAGUUCAAAUCAACUGGUUCCCUCAAGGAUAGGCGGCGAUACCAUCAGGCCAAAAGAGAAACUCAAAAGAAAGAACGACAAGAAUAUUGGCUAUACUUAGAAGAUCUAAUCAAUGCCAAUGAUCCAGCCUCAGAACAACCAUCAAAACAAAAAAAGUUCUGAAAUUACAUCAAAUCGUUGAGAAGGGACAACUGUGGGGUUUCACCACUGUAAGACAAGGGCAAGUUACAUGCUGAAUCAAUCGACAAAGCCAAUAUCCUAAACAAACAAUACCAAUCUGUUUUCACUAGGGAGGACAAAUCCAGCAUCCCAAAUCCUGAGGGCGAACCAUCCCCCACCAUGCCUGACAUAGAGAUUACAAACAAGGGAGUGCUUACACUACUCAGGAAGCUCAACCCAAAGAAGGCAGCAGGCCCAGACAUGAUAUCUGCGCGCAUCCUUAAGGAGAUGGCUGAACAGUGUUCGUCAUACCUGGUCGUCAUCUACAAAAAGUGCCUCUUUUCUGGCAGCAUACCUGAGGUGUGGAUAACAGCCAACGUGUCAGCCAUAUUUAAGAAAGGGGAGCGCUUCAAAGCCAGCAACUAUCGACCGGUAUCCCUCACCUGCAUAGCCUGCAAGAUGCUGGAGCACAUCAUCGUUACCAACAUAAUGAAUCAUCUGGAUAGUCACAAGAUACUCACCGACAGCCAGCAUUGAUUUAGAAGAAGGCGGAGCUGCGAAACCCAGCUACUAACGCUGACAGAUGAGCUCACCAAGUCCAUGGACCGGCGUAAACAACAUGACCUCGCUGUACUGGACUUCAGCAAAACCUUCGACCGCGUCCCACACAGUCGCUUGCUUGUCAAGCUCCAUCAUUAUGGCAUCAGAAACCAUACCCUGAAGUGGAUUGAGGCAUUUCUCACAGGCCGCACUCAGUGCGUAGUUGUUGAUGGAGCAACGUCCGACCAAGCACCCGUUAUCAGCGGAGUCCCCCAGGGAAGUGUGCUCGGACCCAUACUCUUCCUGGUCUUCAUCAAUGACCUGCCACUUCAUGUCACGUCCAAAGCCAGACUCUUUGCUGACGACUGUGUGGUAUACCGGGAAAUCAACACUGAAGAGGACUGCUACGUUUUACAGGAUGACCUGAAGAAGUUGGCAUUGUGGGAGAAACGCUGGGGCAUGAGUUUCCACCCAGAGAAAUGCAGCAUAAUCAGGGUCCCCAUUAUAUACCCGUAUUCCUUGAAGGGCCACACACUCGAGAUAGACUCGAUAACCAAGUACCUCGGAGUCCAUAUGUCUGGAAACCUCUCCUGGAAUCAACAUGUUGACAAGAUCGUAAAGAAGGGCAACAGUACACUCGGCUUCCUUCGACGCAACCUGCGCAUCAGCAAUGAACAGGUCAAGAGCACAGCCUACAUGUCACUCGUGCGACCAGGCCUUGAAUAUUGCUCCACCGUCUGGAACCCUUAUACCAAGGACCUUACACGCAAGCUCGAGAUGGUCCAGAGGAGAGCUGCAAGAUAUGUGACGAAUCGUUACCACAACACAAGCAGCGUAUCCUCAAUGAUCCAACACUUGGAGUGGGAGACAUUAGAGUCACGACGGACCAAAGCCCAGCUGACCAUGAUGUUCAAGAUCACCAAUAACCUUGUGGACAUACCAGUCAGCGAUUAUCUCACCCCAGCCACGAGCCGCACUAGAAGUGACCACUCCAAGAAGUUCCAUCUACCAUCAACAUCUACAUCGUACUACAAGAAUUCCUUCUUCCCUCGUACAGCCACAAUAUAGAACAGCUUACCUGCCUCCGUUGCAGAGGCCCCUGACUUGGUAUCCUUCAAGCAGGGGCUAUCAGCCUUACAUUCUAAGUCGCCUUAUGGGCCCAGCUACAAGUACCCACUAGUGAUAUCCAAGGCUGUGCCGGCAGCGGCCACCGUAACCGGAGAGGUUUGGGUUGAAGAGGCGAAAUAUAGCUUGCCAUACUUUUUGUCUAUAUAUAGAUAAAUACAGAAUCCCUAAAGAAAGCCCAACACGGCAAAAUUGAAAAUGUUGCAGGCUCGGUUUGAUUGAGCCUGUUCAUGGACGGUACUGGAAUAUCUCUACCUUUGUACUAUCCAACCUCUUCUAACUUUCUAUCAUUUCUUGUAUAUUUCUUUUUCUUGACCUAGCACCACCCGUCGCGUCAUAAUCAAGUGUGAUUGCGCCGACGUACAAUGUAGAUGUAAUGUAGUGUCCAUGGUAUCUUGGUGUUACGCAUGACCAGUUUCUGUCUGGUAAUUAUAUUGAACCUCUAAUGUGGAGUAAAACACAAUGUAAUAAUAAAUUACUGCUCAUGAAAGGCGAAUAUCAGAAAUACCUUACUAAACAACUUCUGGCUAUUAACUGACCCAAUAAUCAUAAAGAUUAUCAUUGAUUUCACGGCCUUAUUUCUGGAUAGAUUAACACAAAGUCAACAGAAAACAUCAAUAAGGUUCGUACAUGAUCUUGGUCAUAGGUCACAUAUUGAUAUUAACAUUUUAGAGUUUUCAUUUGGUUGCCCAAUAUAAAACAUGUAAUGUUCCUAAGAUCAAAAUCGUUCUGACUGGCUUUAAAACUUAUUCCCUUAGGUUCUAUCAAUGCACAUACGACUGUGUAGAGUGCAAAUGGUUGCUCUAUUUUACCCAGAGUAAGAAGUUGUAGUGCAGAAUCAUUUGCAUAUAAUGAUUGUGUCAUUUAUAAAAAAUCUAGGGCUCGAAACGGAAGUUGCAUAAUUUAAAUUGUCAAUCAGAGCCAUUUCAAUAAUAUGUAAGUAUGAUUUUGAUGCUAAUUCUUUAAUGUUCAAUUGUAAAACUGUUUUUACAAGUGUCUUUGUAUGCUUGUCUUCUUAUAGUUUUUACUGUGUAUUAUACUCCAAGCAUUUAUGUCAAUACCAUAAACACUUAAGGAAAAUAUAGAUUUAGCUCUGAUCUUUUGUAUGAUGGAAUUCAUAUGGUUUCAUUACUCAUAUUGUUUUAUCAUGUAUUAGAUAUGUUUUAUUUUUCGAUAAUGAUUUACAAUAGUAUCGGUCUAAUGAGGGUAGCAAAUCGGCUUUUUAAAACCGGUUUGUUAUUUGAUACGUAUGGAUUGACCACCAAGGCCGCACUUCAGAGUGGUAAAGUUUUCGCAUCAAAACCAUCGUUGAUAGAUAUUAAUGUAAAAGAUAUGGAUAUGGAUUUAUAAUAAUCUUGUUUGUUUCUUCUAUAAGAUCUGAAUACUAGUAAUAAAUAGUCUUUAAAAUACA